AUGGAUUCAGCGAUUCUACAGUACGAGUUAGACUGCUACCCAGUUACCAUUUACCAAUUUAUGUGUGUUCCACUUGCUUCUAUUUUCUACCUCCUCUCCAUCACAGGACACCUUUCUUUAACUGCAAGUCAUGCGUUUCUUCUGAGUGGAGGUUUACUUAUGACCGCUGUUAGUAUGGGACCCUACACCAUUCUGCUACUCAUAUCUGCUGUUCUCUCGGUGAUGCUCUUACACUUGCUGGAGCCCAGGAGUGUUCACAAGUGGACCUUCCUCACUCAGAUGACAUGGCAGACCCUCUGCCAUCUUUGGCUACACUACAAUGAUUAUUACCUUCAAGAAGCAACAGACAUUAAAUUCUUAAUAGCACUGUCAGCUCUGAUGCUGUUAACACAAAGAAUAACAUCAACGUCAUUGGAUGUUCACGAAGGAGAAAUCACAGUUCCAGAUAUUUUAUUAAUCUGGAUUACAGCUUUAACAUUCAGGUUAGCAUAUUAUUCCCAAUGGUUUCUCAAUGAAUCUCUUAUGAAUUUAAUUGGCUUGGGACUGGAAAACAAGACUGAAAAAGCUACACUCUCUGAUACUGAUAUCUGGACACUUGAAACAACCGAUAAGAUUUCUGAGAUUGCUCGAGCUUGGAACAAAACUACAGCUCUUUGGUUGAGAAGGAUGGUGUUUCAACGCAGCAAAGUCCAGCCUCUGCUGUCAACGUUUGCCUUUUCAGCUUGGUGGCAUGGUCUUCACCCAGGACAGAUCUUCGGAUUUAUCCUGUGGGCUAUCACAGUUCAAGCAGACUAUUAUAUUCAUCAAUAUUUGAAUUCUGUUACUGUGAGAUCUAGGUUUCUGAGAUUUUUCUAUAAACCUCUGAUGUGGGUGCAAACCCAGCUGAUUACUGCAUAUAUUUUGGUAGCUGUGGAGCUACGAAGUUUUUCUUGUGUGUUAAUCCUAUGCAAGUCUGCAUGUGCAGUCUCCCCUUUACUGUAUGUGCUAUUGCUAAUUUACUUGGCAAACAAAAAAUAA